AAUACCAAUAUUUUAUGGCCAAAAUUUGGCUGAAAUGUAGUUUUAUAUUUUAAAUGUGGGUUUUAUCAAUUAUAGGUAUAGUUAUGGUCAUAAAUUAGAAUUUAAUAAGGAUGCCACAAUGUGUUUUGGUUUGUGAGCUAAAAUGACCAAAAGUUUGCUAAACGGAUAUUUUAUCAACGGUUUGAACAAUGUAAAGUCCCGUUACUUUCUACAAGUCCUUGGAAUCCACAAGAUUCACGAACAUAACCUCUCGAAUGCCCUUCGGGAUUUUGCCCUGUUGAGCAAAUCUGACAGUGCUAACCAGUUAGUGUACUAUAAGGAUGAUUUUAUUAGAUUUGUUCACCUCAUGCGACCGAGCGAAAUUUGUAUGGUUGCACAUGGAUAUUCGCAAAUCCAUUUAGACGACCUAAAUUGGUGGAGUAAAUUCAAUAAUAUAUCAUCAGAGAUAAUUUAUGAUAUUGAUGCACAAGAGAUUGCAGGGUUAGUACACAGUUUAACAAGGAUAUAUACAACUCAACAACCGAUAAUAUGCCAGUUACUUGAAGAGUAUACCAAAUGGACUAUACAUACAACAUCUUCAUCAUUGUCAAUGCUAGUUAGAGCUGUUGCAAACAUAAAUAUGGACCCCGGAUACUUGAGGAUGUUUAAUAAACGUGCAAUGGAAUUGUAUGAUAAGUUGAAUAUACUAGAUGUUAUAUUCCUUUUAACCUCAAAUUCUAAGGCACAAAUCAAAGACGUUGACCUUUACACAAAGCUGUGCACACGUGCUAUAGUUCUUUUAGAUGAUAUGGAAUAUCAUCACAUACGUGCUGUAGCUGCUUCUAUAGGUAUUGGCGGAUUUAAAUCAUAUUUAAUGUUCAACAUAUUGACAAUUAGAUUACUAAAAGUACUAAAUAAUCAUACAAUUACCGAAGGGGAUUUAAUAUCAUUACUUCUCUCUUUUACUAGACAAUUUUUUGUGACUACAGAAUUACAAAUUGACCAGAAGUUAUACACAGACGUACUUUUAAAAUAUGGAUACAAUAUUGAUAAGGACAAGUUUACAUUUCCCCUAAAGGAAAUUUAUCCGGUGUUUUGCAAUGCACUAGAUGAAAAAUUGGAUUUAAUAGAAGCAAAAGGAAUGCCAAUAUUAGUAAGAGCAAUUUAUAUUCUAAAAAUUCCAGUAGAACAAAAAACAAUGGACAAAAUAUUUGAAUACACCGCAACUUUUAUACGAGAGAAUUCAUAUUAUUUGGAUAAAAUGCUGAGUCUAAUAUACAGCUCGUCACGUUUUAGAGAAAAAAAUACAUCCUUCUGGAAGGCUACAUACGAGUGGUUCAGUCAGUUAGAUCUAAAUAAAAUUUCCAAGGUGGACUUGGUAAAGGUGUUAUUUUUGGAUUGCUCAAAAGAAAAUACAGGGUAUAUGAAUGAUACUACACUCCUUUAUCUUCUUACGCAUUGUUUUAAAAAUCAAGAAUAUACAGUAAUCGCAGACGCAAGGUGUAUAGAAGCGUUAACAGCCAAUGUUGAUAAAAUAGCCUUGACAAACUUGAUUUCUAUUUUAAAGUCAUAUCGUGAUUUUUACAUAGAUCACGAGUUACCUAUGCUUCAAUUUUCUAGAUUUCUGGACUCUGUACAAAUGAAAAUACAGAAUAGUUCCAACAUCGCAUGUGAUGAAAUUGCUGCCAUACAACCUAAAAGUAAUUAG